CCAGGCUCGCUUCUCGUAUGUUCGGAUGAAAUAUCUUUUCUUUUCCUGGUUGGUGGUUUUUGUUGGAAGCUGGAUUAUAUAUGUGCAGUAUUCCACCUAUACAGAACUGUGCAGAGGAAAGGACUGCAAGAAAAUAAUAUGUGACAAGUACAAGACUGGAGUCAUUGAUGGGCCAGCAUGUAACAGCCUUUGUGUUACAGAAACUCUUUACUUUGGAAAAUGCUUAUCUACCAAGCCCAACAAUCAGAUGUAUUUAGGGAUUUGGGAUAAUCUACCAGGUGUUGUGAAAUGUCAAAUGGAACAAGCACUCCAUUUUGAUUUUGGAACUGAAUUUGAACCAAGGAAAGAAAUAGUGCUCUUUGAUAAGCCAACCAGGGGAACCACUGUACAGAAGUUCAAGGAAAUGGUAUACAGUCUAUUUAAGGAGAAAUUGGGCGACCAAGGAAACCUCUCUGAACUGGUCAAUCUCAUCUUGACGGUAGCUGAUGGAGACAAGGACGGUCAGGUGUCCUUGGGAGAAGCAAAGUCGGCAUGGGCACUCCUCCAGCUAAAUGAGUUUCUUCUCAUGGUGAUACUUCAAGAUAAAGAACAUACCCCCAAAUUAAUGGGCUUCUGCGGUGACCUCUAUGUCAUGGAAAGUGUGGAAUAUACCUCUCUUUAUGGAGUGAGCCUCCCAUGGGUCAUUGAACUUUUUAUUCCAUCUGGGUUUAGAAGAAGUAUGGAUCAGUUGUUCACACCAUCAUGGCCUAGAAAGGCUAAAAUCGCCAUAGGGCUUCUAGAAUUUGUGGAAGAUGUCUUCCAUGGCCCCUAUGGAAACUUUCUUAUGUGUGAUACCAGUGCCAAAAACCUAGGAUAUAAUGAUAAGUAUGAUUUGAAAAUGGUGGAUAUGAGAAAAAUUGUGCCCGAGACAAACCUGAAAGAACUCAUCAAGGAUCGUCACUGUGAGUCUGACCUGGACUGUGUCUAUGGCACAGACUGUAGAACUAGUUGUGAUCAGAACACAAUGAAAUGUACUUCGGAAGUAAUACAACCAAACUUGGCAAAAGCCUGUCAGUUACUCAAAGACUACCUACUGCGUGGUGCUCCAAGUGAAAUUCGCGAAGAAUUAGAGAAGCAGCUUUAUUCUUGUAUUGCUCUCAAAGUCACAGCAAAUCAAAUGGAAAUGGAACACUCUUUAAUACUAAAUAACCUAAAAACAUUAUUGUGGAAGAAAAUUUCCUACACAAACGACUCUUAAUUUGGACACAACUCAAAAUUUACCAUAAUAGACUUACCACUUCUGAACACCCACUUUGAGCAUUUAAAAGAAUGGCUCCUGAUUCAGAGAUCCUCCUGGGGUGUAAGCAGCCAGCAUCUUAAAUACAUGAUCAUGGAAGUAACACUGGGCACUCAAGUUCCCUUCUGGCUUUUGAGAUGGGCUCUUGCUGUUUACCCAGGUUGGAUCAAAGCCCUGGACUCAUCCUUGUGCCUGAGCCUCCUUGCUACGACAGCAGGCACACACCGGCAUGUGCCAGUUCCUGCUUUUAGAAGCCGUUACCUUUGCCAAUUCCAUUUGUGAAUCUGGGCUAGUGAAUUUUGACAAAGAGGGAAAAAGCUGUGAAAAUACUCGUAUUACACUCUACUACCCAAAAUACCACUACGGGAAAGUUUGCAUUGAAGCUGGGUUUAAAAUUUGUACAAAUUUACUAAUGUCUUUGCAUGGUAACAUUUGCACAUUAACAAGAUGGUGAAGCAGGUUUAAUUAAAAUUACUCCUUGAUAAAAGAUGGAUUUUAAUAGUAUGGUUUCUUGUAAGACUUACACAUUUUAACCUCAAACAUCAAAUACCACACCUAGUUGGCAAAGUCCUUGGUUUUUAACUUCAGGAAAGUAUUCUAUUGACAAUAUGCAAUUACUCAUUUUAGUGGCUGAAACCUAAUUUUCACUAGCCUAAAAACUGGAUGAGGCAGAGGCCUAUAACCCAAGCUGAAGCAGGAUAGCUAUAUAGUAAAUUUAAGACCAGCCUGGACUGUAUAGCAAGACCCUCUC